GAGCGGACGGGACAACAGCAGAAGCACAGACAACUCCUGCUACUGAGUUAUCUGUGCACUAAUAAUCCACCAUUGAUUUGAAUAUUAAUUAAGAGUAUUAAGAAUCUAUUUUGAGGAGGGAAAGAAAACCCAAACAACAUUUUCUCAUCAGACUUAUAUUGGCAACUUUAGACAGAAUGUCGGCAGUCUCCGUGAAUGACCACCUUGAAGGGAUUUUAUCAGAUUUUGAAGCCUUGAAGAGAUCCUUUGACAUUGAAGACGUGGAUGACAUACCAUCCUUCUCCUCGACAUCUACUGCCUCCUCCCCCGUCUCUCCUUCGCCCUCCCAUUUCUUCCACAGCCACAACAAAGCCAGUGAUGUGAGAGGAGUAGCACAAUCCCCUUCUUCAUCUUUCAACAACAUCAACAACCUGGGCUCUGCAGGAUACCAGAACCAUGUAAGCCGGAGUUCCAAUCCCAGUCCAGUCUUUAGGUCUCGUACGGUGGCCAGCAGUCUUUCCUUCAAUCGGGGAACCAUGAACAAGCCAGCCAUUUACAACAACUCCAGUGUGACUCGGGCGGCAUCCUUUCAAAGCAGAGUGAACCCCAACAGUGGGUUCUCUAUGUUGCGUGGACCAGGAAGUGACAAUGACAGCCUUCAUAGCUCCACUUCCAGCCUUGAAUACUCUGGAGUUGGUGGAGGUUCACUUCAGUCUAACAAGUUAAUAUCUUAUCCAAACCCUCCACCCCAGGGUGAACACCCCCAAGCCCAACCUCAAUUCUCACAACAGCAGCUCCAAAUCAGUGACAAUUUGAAGUUCUCCUCUCAUGGGACAGCUUUCAAGUCCGCUUUGGACCAGGGAAUAGGAUUGGUAUUGGAGACAAGAGAUUCUUACAGAAAUAAUAAUGACUCCAUGCCCAGUUUAGACAUUCAGAUUUGUGAUGGAGGAGGUGGCAUGAUAAGUGUGCAAAGAGGAGGCCCAAUUUCUCCUGGCUCGAGAUACAACUGUUCUAAUGCCACUUGGAAUGGCAGGCUUCAAAAUGUCAAUUCUCUUGAAGCUGACAGUAAUUGUGAACCCAACAGUCAGCAGUAUUCUGGCCCCAAGACUACCACGCCCAAGGUUAAAGACACUCCGCGUCUUAGUAAAUUUCCGUUAGACCUGGACAGCUUGGUGAGCACCACAUCUGUUACUUCCCCAACUAAGACUGAGCGACGACCCAUUAGCCCGAACCCUCCAAAGCCUCCUCCGAGAAGCACAGGGAGCCUACAGUAUCACACUGCUCGAUCCGCUUCAGCAAGCCCAUCAGCCUCCCUCAGCAGCCUUGACAGUUCCUCAGAUACACCACCAUACUCCCUUCACCAUCCCCUUUUGCCCUUCUCAAAAGAUUCAACUAUAAGCACCAUUCAUGUUCCAGAGGUGCACUGCUCGCCAGUGCCGCUUUCUGCAACCCAGACUCUGCAGUUGGGAAGCCUUCGCAAUCGCCAAGUUGUUCAAGUGAACCCUGUUCCUCCCAACUCUUGUGGUCCUUCCGAUCCCAGAGCUACUAGCUUUUUGGAAGAUCCUCCCAAUGAUGUCAGCGAUAGUGUUGGCUCAAUUUUACAGAGGAUUGCCUCCUUUUCAAGGCCUGUCAUCGCCGAUACAACCCCAGGACCAGUGCCUGUCAUCCAGCCUCCGGCAGUCCCAAACAAUGGCGCGCUGUCUCCUGAACUCGGCCGUUCCGCAGAGACCAUGCUUAUGACAACAAGGGGAAAUGGUAAAAAGAGAAGCAAAGAAAGUGCUGGAGAUCUGAACACGGACGUACCUUCCCUGAUGGAGGAGCGAGAGGAGAAGGAGAAUGGCAUCAUGGAAGAAGAGCAAGUCAAAGAAGACAAGAGUGAAGCAAUCCUAGCAAGCGAGGUUACCCAGAAUUCCAGCAAAGAACCAAAAGCAAAUGGUUUGGAGGUCCAAACAGAGUUAGAAGAGAAAGAAAAGGAGAAAGGAAUGGAGGAAGGAGAGAUGAAGAAAGAAUUGGAGUCGGAGGUGAAGGUGGAAGUGUGCCAGCCUGUCCCAGACCUCCAGAUGAGUUUUAUCCAUGGCAGUGACCUGUUUGGCUAUGUGGGCAUUGAGGCAGUGCUGGACCAGAUGAGACAAAAGACCAUGAAGGCUGGCUUUGAAUUCAACAUCAUGGUAGUCGGUCAGAGUGGUUUGGGGAAAUCUACAAUGGUCAACACUCUCUUCAAGUCAAAAGUCAGCAGGAAGUCCUGUACACCAAACUAUGAGGAGAAAAUCUCCCAAACAGUCAAGCUUCAGUCAGUGAGCCACAUGAUUGAAGAGAAGGGGGUGAAGAUGAAGCUGACAGUGAUUGACACUCCAGGGUUUGGAGACCAGAUCAACAAUGAGAACUGUUGGGAACCCAUUGUUAAAUACAUCAACGAGCAGUAUGAGAAAUAUCUGCGAGAAGAGCUUCAUGUCAACCGUAAGAGGAGAAUACCUGACACCAGAGUCCACUGCUGCAUUUACUUUCUGGCAGCAACGGGGCACAGGUUACGUCCUAUCGAUGUUGAGUUCAUGAAGAGACUGGGAAAGAUAGUGAGUAUUGUGCCUGUCAUAGCAAAAGCUGACACACUUACCAUUGAGGAGCGACAAGAGUUCAAGGAGAGGAUAAGGCAAGACUUGGCAGGCAACGGGAUUCGUGUUUAUCCCCAGAAGGAGUACGACGAGGAUGCAGAGGAGAGCUUUCUCAAUGACAGGAUCAGAGAAAGCAUUCCCUUUGCGGUCGUGGGGACUGACAAGGAGCAUCAAGUGAACGGAAACAAGGUGUUGGGCCGGAAGACCAAGUGGGGAAUUAUUGAAGUUGAAAAUGUCGCUCAUUGUGAGUUUGCCAACCUGCGAGAUCUACUUAUCAGGUCACACCUGCAGGACCUGAAAGACGUGACACACAACAUCCACUAUGAAACAUACCGUGUACGACGGCUGAAUGAGAGCAACAUCAAUUUCAUUGAACAAGGACUUUCUAACUGGUCGCUGGAAAAUGGAACUGCUGACAAAUUUGAAUCAGACAGCCACCUCUGAUGCCUUCGUUAUUUUCGUGCUCAUAGAGUGAUGCUACCUGUACUCAAAUUGAGAGAUGGGACAAGAGCAUUUUUACUACAUGAAGCAGGAUGUAGAAAAGUUCAGAUUUUUUUUUAAUCAUUACAGUGACCAACUAUUGAAUUGCAUUAAUGAUUUUUUUUAUGGGAGACAAAAAAAAACAAACUGAUAUUGUUGAAUGUGACUAAUUUUAUAUACAUUUGUUACCAUAUAUUGCCAGAUACAUUUAGUAAUGUACUACCAUUCAGCUUUUAGUGUUGCACCGAUACCACUUAUUGCUCCCAAUACCAAUAACUGGCUGUGUGGCCGAUACAACAUUUAUAUAUAUACUUUUUUUUUUUUAAACAACAUUACUGCAUCCUCACUUGAAUGUAAAACAAUUGCUAUCAUGCCUUGGCCAAACACUGUUUAAAAACGUUUGUAAAACAGGAAAAAAAGACUAAUACAAACUUGUGAGUGUACAGUCAAUGCCAUUAUACCGCAUUAGUACGUUAGCUUAGCUCAUGUGUUAAUCUCUCUUACUUUUCGCCUGUUUUCCCUCCUUCUUCUAACCAAGCUAACAUCUUUAAAAAUACUCCCAUCAAUGUCACUGCUCAUAAAAUGUUCAAUAUAGCUAGUACUACCAUUUGACGUGUAAAUCUAGCCACCAUUUAAAGUAUAGGCUUUUCCGUAGAAGAUAUGACUGCUAAAUGAGCAUAUUAAAACUAUUCCCCACGGCUCAAAACACCACAGGUUUUGAAUCAACCAUUUUCCAUCUAACAAAAAAUAUUAAACUACCGUAUUUUUUGGAGUAUAAGUCGCACCUGAGUAUAAGCCGCACCAGCCAAAAAAUGCACAAUGAAAAGGAAAAAUACAGCACCAGGAACAGACACCUCAUCUUAAAAGGCGAUUUAAAAUAAAAAUAGAAUAGAGAACAACAUGCUGAAUAAGUUUACGGUAUGCUAACAUUACAUGACGAAUAAACAACCAACUGAGAACGUGCCUGGUAUGUUACUGUAACAUAGCUAUUAAGUUAUUCAGAUAACUAUAGCAUAAAUAACAUGCUAACAAGCAACAAUGAAAUAAUAAUGUGUUAAUAAUUUCACACAUAAGUAGCUCCAGAGUAUAAGACGCACUCUCUGCCAAACUAUGAAAAAAACUGUGACUUAUAGUCCAAGAAAUACGGUACUUUUAGCUAUUUAUUCUACCUUUAAUGCGUUCUUCUUUGUUUUCUUCUGAGCGUUUGUGAUCGGCGGCCAUCUUGGGAACACUCGGCAACUGGAUACGAGCUCUCGACGAGCAUAUUUUGCGCAGUAUCGGUGCAUUGUUUCUUAAUAGUCUCGCUACUGAUGCCUGCAUUUUGGUGCCGUAUUGGGGCUUCUACCGAUUCUAGUAUCGGUAUUGGUGCAACACUACUUUUAACCACGUCAGAACGAACAAUAAAAACUUAUGAAUUACAAAGAAAGAAAAAGAACAAAAAGGUAUUCGCCUUUCCCGUACCAAGUGUGCCCUAUAAAUUCUGUUUAGAAGAGUCAAGGUUCUAAUGUAGGUAGAAAACAAAACAUGCAGUACCCUGGGAAACAAAGUUUUUUUUGUUGAAUUAGAUCUGACAACUAUUUUUAACUUAUUUUUGAGUGCAGACUCCAAAAGUGAUUAGGCUACAGUAUAUCUCUAUUUAAACUAAAAAAAUGUAUUCAACAUAUCAUAUGUGCUUGUUUCGUAAACAUUUGCAAAUAUGAAAUAUUGGAAGAAACAUACAUGAUCACAAUACUUAUUUAACCCCAUCGUGUUUUUACAAAGGAUAUGACUAUUUGUGUGCAUGUAAUUACUAUAUAGUAAGCAGAUUAGCUGUGGAGAAAAAUACUUGACGUGAUAAAGAAAAACUGAGUUUAGUUUUGGAUUCUGCACUCAAAAAUUAGUUAUGAGCAGCCAUCAGACCUAAAAUAACUACAUACAUACAUACAUACAUACAUAUUAGUGCUGUACAAUAUGAAAAUAUACUGUAUAUCACCAUGUUUAACAGAUGAAAGAGGAAGGAUUCCAAGUUGGUCCUUGCAUCUUUCAAUUUUUCUGAACACAGCUCUUGCAGAAAGAAAGUUUUGAAACCAGUGCCCAUGAGCAACACUUGUUUGAAAUCUAGUUUAUUUUUAAAUAACAUGAUAGCUGCACAUGUGUGGUCUUCCGUCAACUCAAUAUAUUGCUUAUCACUGUACAGUACAUCUCACUAGUGUCCUCCAUGUAUCACCAAAUGUUAUUGGCUCAGCAUAAUUUGCUAGAAAUACAAGCUGGCCUGUUUAAUUUAUUGCUACUGAAUUGUAAACUACAUUAUUCUCUUGGUAGUAUCUGUCAUAGAAGUUUUGUCUUUGCCGUUCAAAACUCCUUUGCUUUUACCUUUGUAUUAUUUCAUUUAUUCAAUCAGAGAAAAGAUAUGUCUGUUUUUCAAUGAUUUAACAUUGGCGCUGUUUGACCCCAACAUAUGACACAUAUACACAGUAUUUCCAAACUAUCAUGUUCGUCCAUCUGUGCCUUAAUAGGAAUUCUGAAGAAGACAGACGUUUAGCUUCUUCAUUACAGGUUAAAUACAGCAUACUGAAGUAUUAAAGGAUUUUAAUUGGAUCAGUCCAAUAAUUAUUCCCCAAAAGAUCUGGUUUGCAAUGGCUAUAUAUUUUUGUCAAGUAUUAUGCAAUUUCUCAGAUUUUUCUUCUACCGUUGCAGUUAACUUAAAUAGGUCUUAAGACUUUCAUUUUAGAUUUUUAGAUACAUUCUCGGGGGAAGAUUCAUGGUAAAGAAUUUAGAAUGUACUAAAACUUAAGAUCUUGAAUUACAAAAAUACAAUGCUACGUUUUGAUUCUCAUUCUUAUGUUUAAGAGUUUUAAUUGAGACACAGUAAUUUUUGGGUUAUUAUACAUUUAUGAUUCAUUGUGACUUUCAAUGGCAAACCCAUGUGAAAACAUUUUUUAAUCCUCGGUUCUUUAACCCUGUCAUGCAUGGGUUAUGGUUUUAUUUAAAUGUUUUUCAUUCAUGUAGGGCAGGGUUCUCAAACCUACGGCACAGGGGCCAAUUGCAGCAUCAGUGUUUCCCACAUGCAUUUUAUGUUGAGCAAUAAA